AUGGAUUAUAAUCGCACGAAUAUCUUCCAGACGGUGAAUUGGUUGGAUUCUUCCAAAGAGCUUGUUUCUCUUACUCUUCCGAAUGUUACAGGUGGAUCUGCUACAUCUCCUGGGGGUGCGUCUAUCGACACGAAGCUGCAUAUUUUUGCCCUUUCCGUUUUGCCGGUGCUUGAGGCUUCCGCGCACAAACCACAAUUGGAAAUCCAGUACGCGCGAUCAGCACAGAAGUGGGUAGAGGGGAGCAACAAAACGCAGAUAAUCGAAGUUGCUGUCAACAAUGCCGGAUCUGCAUUUGUGCUGAGAAACAACACCGUUCAUCUUCGAGUUGAAUCACCAGGGCUAGAGACUGUUUCUGAAGCUACUUUGAAGCGACUGGGUCCGGGCGAUCAAGCUUUGGUGGAAAUUGGUGUCAGGAAUAAGCACGGUAUUGAUGCAGGUAGCACAGGGCCUGCUACGAUUGUGAUCUCAGGGAAAGGUGUGGUCAGCAGUAACUACACUUUUAACGCGACGUACGGAAUCCAGCCGUAUAAAGCAACUUAUGAGUCGGUGUAUGCUCACGAAUCGCCCAACUGGUAUAAUAAUGCUAAGUAUGGCAUCUUCAUUCACUGGGGCGUAUACGCAGUCCCUGGAUGGGGAAACUCUGGUCCCAACGAGGCUUACGCAGAAUGGUACUGGUGGUAUCUUAACGAAGGAGCAAAUACCUCAAUCGGCGCAUACGAGUAUCAUCUGAACAACUACGGGCCAAACGUGGUGUACGAUGACUUCAUCCAGAAUUUCACCGCAGAUGCAUGGGAUCCAAAGGAAUGGGUAGAUUUGUUUGCAGACGCAGGUGCCAAUUACUUUGUUCAAGUGAGCAAGCAUCAUGACGGCUAUGCAUUGUUCGAUCUUCCGGCCAAUAUAACCGGACGGACUUCCGUUGCUAUGACUCCGCAUCGAAAUCUGCUGCAGGAACUGUUCGAUGCUGCAAAAAAGUACCAGCCGCAUCUCCAUCGCGCGGUGUAUUACUCUCUCCCAGAGUGGUUUCAUCCGGACUACAAGAAAUACGGGUUUGGAACUUGGCCAGGAGGAAAUGCCACUAAUCCCUUUACCAACGAAACACUCGAAUAUCACGGCUACGUCUCUCUUACAGACUUCAUCACCGACAAAAUGAUACCCGAAAUGAACACAUUAGCCGACAUGGGCACCGAGAUAAUGUGGUGUGAUAUCGGCGGCCCCAACCGGACCGCUGAAUUUGCCUCAUCGUGGUACAAUCGCGCUGCCGCAGAGAAUCGUCAGGUCGUGAUGAACGCCCGCUGCGGGCUACCAGGCGACUUUGACACACCCGAAUAUGCCAGCUACGACGCCGUCCAGGUCCGGAAAUGGGAAAGCAGUCUGGGCAUGGAUCCGUAUAGCUACGGGUACAACCGAGCAACCCCUCUGGCAAGCUACAUGAAUGCGAGUGACAUUGUCACUAGUUUGAUUGACAUUGUGAGCAAGAAUGGGAACUUCUUGCUUGAUAUUGGGCCGAUGGCGAACGGGACGAUUCUGGAUAUUGAGGCAAGGCAUUUACGGGAUGCGGGGGCUUGGAUCAAGGGCCAUGCAGAGGCUAUUUUCAAUACGACGUAUUGGUUUGUGACGCCGGAAGAGGGGGAUAGCGUACGGUUUACGGCUAGUCAGGAUGCGUUUUAUGUGCAUUUGAUUGCCAGACCUAAUGCAACUGUUGUCUUGAACAGCCCAGUUCCUUGGGCAGAAGGAGACCAGGUCACGGUGGUUGGAGGGAAGAUGCAGGGCGCCGUUGUACCCAGCCAGCGACUGGACAAUGGGAGUAUGAUGCUGAAUGUCAGCGAGGAUGUUGCCAGCUCUGAUCAGUAUGCGUGGGUUUUUAAGAUAUCCUACUAG